GUGGCGCCAGGAUUCAAAGCUCCGGUGGCGGCGGAAGUGGCGGGCCGGGCCCGCGGCGGGGCCGGGCCGGGGCCGCCCCCGAAGGAGCAGCGCCGCGGGGCCGGGCCGGGGCCGCCCCCGAAGGAGCAGCGCCGCGGGGCCGGGCCGGGGCCGCCCCCGAAGGAGCAGCGCCGCGGGGCCGGGCCGGGGCCGCCCCCGAAGGAGCAGCGCCGCGGGGCCGGGCCGGGGCCGCCCCCGAAGGAGCAGCGCCGCGGGGCCGGGCCGGGGCCGCCCCCGAAGGAGCAGCGCCGCGGGGCCGGGCCGGGGCCGCCCCCGAAGGAGCAGCGCCGCGGGGCCGGGCCGGGGCCGCCCCCGAAGGAGCAGCGCCGCGGGGCCGGGCCGGGGCCGCCCCCGAAGGAGCAGCGCCGCGGGGCCGGGCCGGGGCCGCCCCCGAAGGAGCAGCGCCGCGGGGCCGGGCCGGGGCCGCCCCCGAAGGAGCAGCGCCGCGGGGCCGGGCCGGGGCUGCCCCCGAAGGAGCAGCGCCGCGGGGCCGGGAUGGGGCUGCCCACGAAGGAGCAGCGCCGCGGGGCCGCGCAGCCCCCGGGCAGGCCCCCCGCGGGAGCCCCGCAGCGCAGAUGGCGAGUGCUGGCCGAGAGGAACCCGAGCGUGGCCCCCGUGGGCGUCUGGGUGGAGAGCGGGCCCGGGCAGCAGAGCCCCGCCUUUGUGUCAGCACUGCGUGUGGAGGAGGAGCUGAAGGAGCAGCAGCGGAGGAAGGCAGCCAGGCUGAGGAGAUUCCAGGGCGAGGUCAGGCAGAGGGUGAACCGGCAGCUCGGGCUGCGCCGCCGGCAGGAGCUGCAGAGGGCCUACGAAGCAGCGGAGAAGGAGAGCUGUGUUACUGUGCAGUACUCAACCCCCUGGAAGAACACCUGCCUGUUGCAGAGUCUCCCUGCUCCCAUCAUCUGUGGGCCCAGGGCUGACUCUGGCCCAGCCCAGCCAGAAGAAGAGCAUGGGGAGCCAUUCCAGCAGCAAGCUGCCGAGCUCAGCAGGGCAGUGCAGCAGGUGCGGCGCAGGCUGGCGUCCCGCAGGACCGUGUCCCCCGGCAGGCAGGAGAAACCAGAGCCCUGCCUGGGAGCUGUGGUGCCCAUGGAGGAGAGUGAGGAGCUGCUGCUGGCAGGACACCACGAUCUGCCUGCUGAGCUGCUGGAGCAGGGCACAGCUGCAAAUGGCACUGGGCAGCAGGAUGACUUCUACAUCAAAAUUGAAUUGGAAAAAGUCUGUGAUGGGUCAGUGAAGGACUCGAGCCUGCCUGGGCCUCCUGGGAGGCCACACAGUGAAUACCAACCUCCCCUCAAACUCUGGGCUGGUGUUGACCAAGAGGAAACCAGGAAGCAGCGGCAGAGCGAGUUCCUGCGGCGCCGGCGCCUCUUCAUGGCCCUGGAGCGGCAGCGAGCGAGGGAGCAGCAGCGGCAGCGAGACAGGCAGCACAGAGUGGCCCAGAUUAAGAGGCAGAAGGAGGAUCAGCGCCGGGCAGAGGAGCAGAGGAUGCGAGACAUGGCUGAGCAGCAGGAGCCCUCCCCAGGAAAGGGAGCCUGGGAAGCUCUGGCUCAGCUGCAGCUGGAGGAGAGGAGAGUGAGGGACAGACAGCAGCGGGACAAGGAGCACAUCAGGUAUGUUGAAGCUCUGAGAGCCCAGAUGAGAGAGAAAGUCAAAUUCUGUAACAUCGACUUGCCCCCACUGUGUUCCUGUGGGUCUGAUUUCUGGGAUUCCCACCCGGAUACCUGUGCCAAUAACUGCACCUUCUACAAAAACCACAAAGCCUACAGCCAGGUGCUGCAGUCGGUGAUCUCCUCCUACGCCCACGCAGGCCCCCGGCCUCUGCAGGCGCUGGCUGCUCUGUGUGCUCGUGCGGGGAAGCGCCGGUGAGCAGGGCAGCUCGGUGUCCCAGUGCCUGCUGUGGCAGGAGCGGGGCUGGGCCCUGUCCUGCCUGCCCCUCCAGCCAGCUGCCAGGACUGUCACCUUUGCUCUCACAGCACCGUUUGUGCUGUGCCUCUCCCACUCUGCCCCAGGUGUGCAGUCGGCCAGGGCGAUGGUCGAGGUAAACGAGACAAUUGCUCUGUGGGGUUGGUUUAUGGCAGGCACUUGCAUUCCAGCAUUUGACUAUGGAAUAAACUGUUUUCAAGGA